AUGUUACUCACCUCGCGCCGUCUGUUCGCAGUGGGCGCACGGGAGAGCGGCGGCGCGUCACGCUACCCCGUCAUGGUGUACGUCCACGGCGACUCCUACGAGUGGAGUUCCGGAAACCCUUACGACGGCAGCGUCCUCGCCAGCUACGGCGGCGUCGUCGUCGUCACAAUCAACUACCGUCUCGGCGUUCUAGGCUUCCUGAACGCCAAUACGGACGUGUACCUGCGGUCGCCGGCCAACUACGGGCUGAUGGACCAGAUCGCGGCGCUGCACUGGAUCCAGGAGAACAUCGCCGUCUUCGGCGGCGACCCCACCAACGUGACGCUGGUGGGGCACGGCACGGGCGCAGCCUGCGUCCACCUGCUCAUGACGUCCAGCGCCGUGCCCGACGGCAUGCUGUUCCACCGCGCGGUGCUGAUGAGCGGCUCGGCGCUGAGCCCCUGGGCGCUGGUGGAGAGCCCGGCGCGCUAUGCGCAGCAGGUGGCGCGCCACGCCAACUGCUCGCCCGAGCUGCCGCACCCCAGCCUGCUCAAGUGCCUGCGCGACCGCCCGCUCGACGUGCUCAUGUCGGCGCCCGUCGAGGCACCGCAGUUCUCCGUCGCCUUCGGCCCCAGCGUCGACGGCGUCGUCGUCGAUAGCGGCGACCCUCCCGGGGGCGGCGGGGGUGGCGGCGGGAGCAGCGGCGGCUCCGGCGGUGACGGAUCCUCCGGGUCCGGUACCGGCGCCAACGGCGGCGGCGGUGGCGGCUCUUCCGGAGGCGGAGGUUCGUCGUCCAGCGGUGGAGGCGGCCCCGGGGGCUGGAACGGCGCUGGGGGCUCCUUCGUCAACAGCGUGCUGCUGCGCAAGUCGGUAGUCUCCAAGCUGUCGCGUUACGACCUUUUGCUUGGAGUCGUGAAGGCGGAGGCCUACUUCGCCUUCUCCGGCGAGGACGUCCAGUACGGGAUAGAGGCGGACCGCCGCGCCAAGAUACUAAGGACGUUCGUGCGUAACACGUACCGGUUCCACUUGUCCGAAAUCCUAGCGACGAUAGUGAACGAGUACACGGACUGGGAGAGGCCGGUGCAGCAUCCCAUCAACAUCCGUGACGAGACUCUGGAAGCGCUCAGUGAUGCGCAGGUGGUCGCGCCCGUCGUGCAGACCGCCGAUCUGCACUCUGCUGCUCGCAGGAACUCCUACCUCUAUGUCUUCGACUACCAGACCAAGUACGGAGACUACCCGCAGAGGCAGGGCUGCAUCCACGGGGAGGAACUGCCGUACGUGUUCGGUGCGCCGCUGGUGGGCGGCCUCGCACACUUCCCCAGGAACUACACCAAGACAGAGGUGCUGCUGGCAGAGGCCGCCAUCAUCUACUGGAGCAACUUCGCCAGGACUGGGAAUCCGAACGAACCGCAGGAGCCGGACCUGGUGCACGGGGCGCGCCAGGAGAGGAACCGCUUCAAGAACAUCGAGUGGACGGCGUACGAGGCAGUCCACAAGAAGUACCUCAACCUCGACACGAAGCCAAAGGUGAAGACGCACUACCGCGCGCACCGGCUCUCCUUCUGGCUGAACCUGGUGCCCGACCUGCACCGUCCCGGCGGUGACGACGUGCCCGCCUCCCACCACCGGCUGCCCGACGACGACGGCGCACCGCCCCCGCUGCCGCCACUCGUGACGAGCCGCCCCCUCGCGCCUGCAGCCCCCGACUCCGCCGUCGGUGGAGGCGCAGCCGCGACGCCCACGCCGCCCGCGACGUCCGGCGGCGAUAACGCGACGGCGCCGAGCCAGCCUCCAGCCGCCGCCAACGAGGACUCCGCGUCCGCCAUUUCAGCCUCCGCCGCCGCGCCGCCACAGCAGCAGGAGGACGGCUUCGCGGCCUACUCUACGGCACUCAGCGUCACCAUCGCCAUCGGCUGCUCGCUGCUCAUCCUCAACGUGCUCAUCUUCGCGGGCGUCUACUACCAGCGCGACAAGACGCGGCUGCAGGGCGGCAGCGGCGGAGGAGGUCCCGGAGGCGGCGGGGGCGGUGUCGGAGGCGGGGCGGCGGCCGUCGUCGGUAAGAAGCGGUCCGAGAACGGCCAGAUGCCCAACAGCAUCUGCGGCGACCUGCUGGUGGCGGACAGCGGCAAAGGGGACCCGCACGGUCCGCACCACCACCACGCACACCACCACCAGAUGCCUCCUCCCGAGUUCGCCGACUUGCCGUCCGCUACGGGCAACGGCGGGAGCGGCGGGGGCGGUGUACCAGGGAGCGGAGGCGGCGGAACACCUGGAGGAGUCUCAGUGCCGAGGCCUCCGCCCCCACCGAAGACGCCGAAGCCGGCGGCCAUCCCCGCGCUGUCCGCGACGGCGCAGCCCGAGUCCCAACCGCUGCUGCCGCCGCACGCUAUCCCACUGCUAGCCGGGGGCGGUUCCGGGACGCUCACCAAGAAGAAGGGGGCUGCUGCCGCCGCCGCGGGGGCGGCAGCGGCGGCGGCAGCCGCGAGUGCCGCCAACAAAAUGGAGGAGCUGCGUGUGUGACAGCAGGACUACAUGACGACGGAUGUGUGAACCAGCCUAUACGCUGCAGGGUGGCCACAUGAGGCACUGCUCCGCGAAAUACUAACGGGGACAGUGGGCAAUGCGGAUGAACCCUUUUAGGCCGGGUCGUGGUGGACUGAAGCCAUCGUAAAGGCACUUGAGCUACGUCGUCCGUCGCAUAAUCCUCCACACAGGGACACUCCUUAACUCUGCAGUAAUGUUCACGAAUUCCUUUUAUUAAUGUCUGCAGCACGAAGAGGGCACACGUGUAAUAUGAUCGGAUAUUUCUCCCCUCUUUAUAGUCACAAUGAGCUGCAAAAGCGUGACAGAAAUAUUCACUAUUUAUCGAAACCUAUAUUGGUUUCUGCCAAAGUCUAUUUACCAAAACUCCCUCAAAAUCCAAAGUACCUACUGUCCUUUGAUUAUGUCUGUCCAUUCUCGUAAAAUAACGUCAUAUUAUUGUUGAUUAAAACAUUGCGUGAAAGAAACGUCAUCUAUCCAUUAAGAAGUCAGUAACUCGCAAGAACAAUACGAAUAUCUACGACCCUUCUCAGUCACAAUAUAUCUUUAUGCAUUUGUGCUUUCAGCCUUGUUUGCUAAUCUGCAGACGUUCCUCGAUAACACAUCGCUUUGCUCAGAUCUCGAGAAGAAAACCAACAUAUACAGUUCGGACUUACGCCUCUAUAAAAUCAUUUCCCAUAAGCUCCGUGCCAUCUGUUGUACUCACAUGUGGUCUGCUCAUGUGAGCAUCACUUACCGUGACUCCAAAUUAUGCAUCGUAUUUAUGAAUAUUUAUGCUUAUCACGAUAUCCAUUGGUUACCCUCUGUCUGCGUCUGAACCAUCAGUUGCCACAUCACAAGGUAAUAAACAAGUACGAUAGUCACUGGUGUAAGAUUUUAUAAUACAUGUCAGGAAACGAACAUCAUUCGAGUUUCAUUUAACCACGGUUUCAUAAUCUGAUGUUGCGUGUUCGUGUCUGCGUGUUUCCUUGCCAGAUUUCAGUAUCCGUACGGGUCUGCCAUUUUUUAAGUUUGUGCUGAACUGAUGGAAGACGGGAAAGGCCUUUCUAAAAAAACUUAAUACGUGUGACGAAGUGAGUGAUGGAAACGUGUGUGUUCAUACGUCUUGUUCAUACGUCAGAAUUCCGAAUAUAUGGCUCAAAGGCUCAAUAAGUGUGCUACUGGCGUGUGCAGAAAGUUAUUAACAUAAAUAUUUAUGUACCCAUAGAACUUAUAACUACGUGGAGAACGAAGUUAUACACAGUACAGCUGAAACAAUUGUCUAAUUCAGUUGAAUUGUAAGAAAAAUAUCUGAAACUUUG